GAUGGCUAUUUUUCCUCAAAGAUAAUUCUCAUAUUAAAGAAAAACAUAAUAAUAUUAAAAAUAUGGGAUUAAGUCACUCUUCAAAUUAUCAUUCUUCUCACGUAAGAAGUGCACCAAUUAUUGUCGAACCAUUUCCAGAUUUGUACCCGCGUUUGGACAUUUUGGAUUUCUAUGGUAAUGAAACAUACAGACCACAAUUCGAUUUGUUAGUUCAAAGUUAUCAAUCAAUCUAUGAUCGCCCCUAUGAAUAUAUGCGAUCAUAUUAUCAGGUUGCUGGAAUUCAUGGGUUACCUUAUACGGCCUAUGAUGGUGUAACUGGUGAACAUGAAUACAAUAAUCAGUCAGAAUGGGUAAAAGGUCGUUGGGGUGGAUAUUGUCAUCAUGGAGAUAUUUUAUUUGCACCAUGGCAUAGACCAUUAAUUCUUUUAAUUGAAUCAUUAUUAGUUAAAGAACAUGUUGAAGCGGCAAAACAACUUCGCCAUCCCUAUUGGGAUUGGGCAGAUGAAAAAGCAAUAAAAGGUCAAAAUCCAACUGAUAAACCCAAUUAUAAAAUUUCCAACAGGAAACAUAUUCCAUUUACAACAGCUGGUUAUCCUACUAUCAGAUAUCCUAAUUCUAACUAUGAUCAAAAUGAUGAUACACAAAUGGGAAAUUUAGAUACAGAUCAUCCGAGUCCUUUAAAAGUUGCUGGUGCAUCACAUUUUGCAUCAAUUGAAACAACUCACGAUGCUUUUCAUUUAAUAAUCGGCGGUCCUGGAUGUCAUAUGGCUCAUACAGAUAUAGCUUCAUUUGAUCCAGCGCAGAUUUUCGUAAAGUUGACUAUAAAAACGGGUAAAUUAUUUGGACCAUACGCUAUUAGAGUAUUUAUUGACUUGAAAAAUGCGACUGCUCAGACAUCAGUAACUUCACCUCAUUUUGCUGGCCUUGCUGCCAUGUGGCCUAUGGAACGAUUAGGAAUUCGAAGGCAAACAUACGAUGUGCUUCCUGAAGUUAAUCCUAAGACAGGCUUAUUGAAUCCAAAAUCGAUUUUUGACAUUGAUAGGGGUUCCUAUUUUGUUAAAUGGUAA